UCCUAGUGCCAACGUCAUAGCUCUAUAGAAGCUUUUAGUGAGUGAAGAUGGCGGAGGCUGCUGCUCCACGACACCGGUUCUUCUGUCACUGCUGCAGAGGUGAAAUCGACCCCAAGCUGCCUGAAUAUGUUUGUCCCAGAUGUGACUCUGGUUUCAUUGAAGAGGUGUCAGAGAACUCAAGUUUUCUUCAGAGUCGUGAUGGUGCUGGUGCUGCCGCUGUAGGCGGUGAUGACAUGGCCUCACAGUUUGCAGAGGGGAGGCAGGACUUCCUCUUUGGUGAUCCUGCCUCUGGGACAGCGGGACCCAUAGCGUCUGUGGAGACUUUGUCAGACUGCACAGAGCCUGUGCUCCCCCCUCAACAAAACAGCCAGCAGCGAAACUCUAGACUGGAUCAGGGACAGGCUGUGGAGGGGAUUGUCCAGCAGUUCCUGUCUGGUCUGUUUUCCAAUUCUGACAGUGCAGGUUCCCAAACCUCCUCAUGGUCUAGCAUGCUGCACUCUAACCCUGGAGAUUAUGCUUGGGGACAAGGAGGUUUAGAUGUGGUCAUCACACAGUUGCUUGGUCAGUCUGAAAAUAGCGGCCCCCCUCCUGCCGGGAAGGAGAUGAUCUCAUCUCUCCCCAUCGUUAGCAUCUCCUCAGAACAGGCUGCAUGCCGGCUGGAAUGCCCUGUGUGUAGAGAGGAAUACUCUGAAGGGGAAUCUGUCCGACAGCUGCCCUGUCUGCACUACUUUCACAGCAACUGUAUCGUGCCCUGGCUACAACUGCACGACACCUGCCCUGUCUGCCGGAAAAGUCUGGAUGGUGAAGACCGGGGUUUCCAGCCACAGACCGGACCUCCAGGGGCAAUUCCAUCACCGAUGAAUGUAGAGGAACGUAGCACCUCUGAGACUCUUUAGCCUCCUUUUAAUACCUCACAAUGAAGUGAGCGCACAGUUCACUUUCCCUUACCUGUCAACAGGUGACAUCUGCUCUGCACAUGCCUUCACUCUUUUGAAGGCAUCAUAGAAACGCAAAGAUUUAGAUACCUGCUCAAGUUUUGCACUGUAAAACGUUUCAUCUGUUGUUCUGUACAUGUUUUGGGUUGAUAGUUUGACAUUGCUAUGUGUUGCUAUUUUGAAGAUUUGUGGGUUCUUGUGGAUGGAUAGAAAAAGAAACGUAUUUAUUGUAUUCACAAGUUUUGAAGAUGUUUUAGAACUAUCCUUGACGAUCCUCUUGGUGCUUUUGUCUUAAUUCUCAGGGUUCCUCGACUGCUCCAUAUUGUGAUAUUGAGACACAAUCCCACUUAUAAGAGUUCACUUCACAAUAUGGUGAAGUUUGAACCUUUUGAGUGUCAUUUGGAAUUUUAUACCAUACUAUCACACAGGUAAAGGUAAAAUGUUUACAAGAGAGAGAGAGAGAAAAAAAAAAAAACAAUGUUACAAUAAAUAACUAGAAAAACUUAACUUUACAUAUCAGCCAACCUGCUACAUAUUGCACUCUCAAAUAAAUAAAAGACUAUUUUUGUUUUUUGGCA